UUAGACACCAUUUAGAAUAAGUCUACAGUUCAAAAAUAAGGCAACAGUUCGAAUCAUGACGGAUUUGUCAGUUGCAAUCAUUACUGGUGGCGCUCAGGGACUCGGAGCAGCCAUUGCAAAUGCUCUACUUAAAAACGGCUACAAAGUUUGCAUAGCUGACAUUAACGAGCAAACAGGCCAGAAACUAGUUGCUGAACUAGCAAAAUGUUUUGGACAAGAGAAAAUUUUCUUCGCUGUAUGUGAUGUUACUAAAGAAUCAGAUUACAAAAAACUUUUUUAUUUGACUCUUGAAAAAUUUAAGAGAAUUGAUGUCUUAAUUAAUAAUGCUGGAAUCAUCGCAGAGAAGAAUCCUAGGAAAGUUUUAGAUGUUAAUGUGAUGGGUCCAAUCAUUGGUUGCCAAACUGCUCUAGAAUAUAUGGGUAAAAGCAAAGGUGGCAAAGGUGGUAUAGUGAUUAAUACUGCUUCUCUUGCUGGAUUUCUUCCUCUUCCCUCUAUUCCUGUCUAUGUUGCUUCAAAGCAUGCUGUUGUAGGCUUAACCAGAAGCUAUGGCUUAACUUAUCAUUUAAAGAGAGAUGGAGUGAUUUUCAUGGCACUUUGUCCCUCUUACAUCAAUACUGAUCUGCUGCAUGUUUUCAAUCAUGAAUCAUUAAUCGAAGGGACAGAUGUUACUAACAGACCAGACACUAUGAGCCCUGAUUAUGUAGCACAAGGUGUACUGAAACUCCUGAAGGACAAAAUCAAUGGAUCAACUCUUGUUGUCACAAACGAAGGUUAUAACUAUGUGGGUUUUCCUGAGGAACUAAAACAUGCUUCCUUGGAGUAAAUAUCUUACUGCUACCAAAGAAAAAACAAUAAUUGCAUGCAUCUUGUUGACAAGGUAAAACAUGUUCUUUUAAAUGAUGAUUUAAAGCGAUGUCUAAAAUAACGUAUAACCUCUGUUUAUAGUUAGUAUGUAAAUAAAAAUCAAUUCCCAAACUG